CGCUGCAGCUUCAUUACGUCAGCGUACAUAAGAACCACGCGUACUUAUACUCCCGGUCAGGGGGAGCAUGCCAGGCAUAGUUGGACAAUCUGUUGUCCAAGUACGGCGUGGUUGCUGCAGACCUGCAUACAAAGAUCAGUUGGAAGACCUCAAGGCAGCAUGGCACAAGCGGUUCCAGGUGGAGCCGCCAGAGAUCAAGGCCAUGGACAAACUGCUCUUCUUCGAGCCGGGCACGCUGCCGAGUGUCGACUGGAUAGCCGAGUACCAGCGCUUGACAUCCGUCCCGGCUCUGCAGAUGGGCUUCAAAGCCAUCAAGCAUUACUUCAUCUCGAGGUCGUGCCUGACGUUAAGCAAUGCGUUGACGCACGUUGACGAGACCUUGACGACCACGGCUGAGCUUUUCGACAAGGCCGCGCAGAUCAUUGUCACGAACAAGGAGGCCAAGAACCUCGGUCGUUCGUCUGCGGCAGGCCCAAGCAGGGACCAGCAUCGGCCCAAGGUGGCCAUGGUCGCGGCGGCAACACCACCCGACCAGUCUUAUAGCGAGGCCGUGUUUGCCAGUGAAGGAGACAGACUCGCAACCGCCCGGGAUGGUGGCCGCGCCGGCAGAGGCCGAGGACGCGGCAGAGGGAAGACAAACACCACUUUUAUCCCCGGUUCAUCAUCAUCUUCCAGUGGUUCUUCACGGGAUUCGGCGCGCGAGUUCAACAUAGAGGUAUUGGACCCGCUCACGUAUGAGGAUUUCGCAUGGCUUCCUCUCCCGACCACGGGCUGCUUGCCGGGACCGCAGUGCGCAGCACUCUGCGCUCAUCUCCACAAAUACUUGUCCUUCUAUGCACCACCAACUUCGACGGCGGAUGACGAAGUCGCGGUGGGGGACAUCUUGGCGUACGUUACCAAGGUGGCCCGCGAGUUUCGCACACAGCGGUACGAUGACAACAAUGCACCGCUGAUGUAUGUCCGCAUCCAGGUUGGACAAGCGUCCUGCAGCGCUUUGUUGGAUAGCGGCGCGUCUCGCAACUUCAUGAAUCAAUCCUUCAUGCAAAGGGCUGGCCUUGGCGCACAAGUUCGGAGGAAAGCAAACCCGACGGCAAUCAAGUUGGCGGAUGGUAAGGCGCAGCAACUUCUCGACAGUUACAUCGAAGCCGUACCGGUGUACUUCGCACCUCAUCCAUGCGAGCCGGUGACAUUUGAUAUUUUGGAUACGGACUUCGACAUUAUUCUGGGAAUGCCUUGGCUUGCAAGUGCGGAUCACACGGUCAACUUCCAUCGGCGGACUCUCACUGUUCGCGACGCUUUCAGCGCCGAAGUACCGUGUACUAUUCCUCUUCUGCACCCUUCGAUCUGGUGCCAAGUGGUGACGGCCAAAUCAUUCCGGGCGACUUGCGCUUACGAGCAGCCCGAGCAAAUCGGCCUAUGCUUCCUACCGACCAUCGCGGUAGUCGACUCUUCACCCACGGACUUGUCUUCGGACCCCCGUGUGGUACGGUUGCUGGACGAGUUCGCCGACAUCUUCGAGACACCUACCGGUGUGGUGCCGGAUCGGCCGAUCUCUCACGAGAUCAUUCUUGAAGCCGGUGUCGUGCCACCGAAAGGUUGCAUCUAUCGCAUGAGCGAGGAGGAGCUUGAGGUCCUCCGCGCACAACUCGACGAUUUGCUGGCCAAGGGCUGGAUCCGCCCUAGCAGCUCUCUAUAUGGAGCACCUGUUCUCUUCGUCCGGAAGAAGAACAAGGAUCUACGUCUGUGUAUUGACUACCGCAAGCUCAAUGCACAAACCGUCAAGAAUGCGGGGCCUCUUCCUCGCAUCGACGAUCUUCUGGAGCGGCUAGGCGGUGCCAAGUACUUUUCCAAGUUGGACUUGAAGUCGGGGUAUCAUCAGCUGUCGAUACACCCGAAUGACUGUUACAAAUCCGCAUUCAAGACGCGGUAUGGGCAUUUUGAGUGGGUGGUCACGCCUUUUGGCCUCACCAACGCCCCGGCGACCUUCCAGGCGGCAAUGACCAAAGAGUUUCGUGCGAUGUUGGACCGAUUCGUGCUGGUCUACCUAGAUGACAUUCUCGUCUACAGUCGGACCUUGGAGGAUCAUCUUGGGCAUCUCCGACGUGUGUUGGAGACACUCUGUCGUGCCAAGUACAAAGCUAAUCGGGACAAGUGUGAAUUCGUCCGACAAGAGCUUGAAUACUUGGACCAUUUUAUCACACCCGAGGGCAUCCGUCCGCUUUCGGACAAGAUUCAGGCCAUCCAGGAGUGGCCGGAGCCGCGGAACGUCAUGCAUAUCCGUUUGUUUCUCGGUCUUGUCGGCUACUACCAGCGCUUCAUCAAGGGCUACUCGAAGAUCGCGGCUAACUUGACCAAGCUUCAAUGCGAGGAUCGGCUGUUUGACUUCGAUGAGGAUGCGCGGGAAUCAUUUCUGGCCCUCAAGGCCGCAUUGCUCUAUGCGGAGGUCUUGCGUAUCUACGACCUGUUGUUGCCUACACGUGUCACUACUGAUGCGUCCGGUUAUGGCAUUGGUGCAGUCCUUGAGCAGCACGAUGAAGUGGACUACCACCCGGUCGAGUACUUCAGCAAGAAAGUGCCCCUCGUGCAUUCCAUCGACGAUGCACGCAAGAAGGAGCUCCUCGCCUUCGUCCACGCGCUCAAGCGGUGGCGGCACUUCCUCCUCGGUCGAAGUCAAUUCCGAUGGGUGACGGAUAACAAUCCGUUGGUCUUUUACAAGACCCAGGACAUCGUCAACAGCACCAUCGCUCGUUGGAUGGCUUUCAUUGACCAGUUUGACUUCUUUCCGGAUCACAUUCCUUGGAAGUCAAACCGUUUUGCGGAUGCUUUUUCACCGCGUCCGGAUCAUUGCACCGCGGUCUACUCGACUUUUGAGAUUGACGAGGACCUGCGGGACAGUUUCGUCCGCGGCUACCAAGCCGACCUCGAGUUUCACGACAAAUCUCCAAUCAACAGCUCCGGACAUUCUCGCACGCUAUGAACGUAAGAUGCAAGACAAGCCGGUCUUUUUGGCUCCACGCCGCGCCCGCGUC